AUGGUGACAAAAAUCCUGAUAAAUAGCACGAAGCACGCAGUGGGCGUGGAAUUUAUCAAAAAUAAUCGGACUGUACACGUGUUUGCAAGCAAAGAAGUAAUUCUGUGCGCGGGUGCUAUCGGAUCGCCGCAAUUGUUGAUGCUAUCUGGUAUCGGACCAGAGAAACACCUUACUGAGCAAGAGAUUAAAGUCAUCCAAAAUGCGCCAGUCGGCGAGAAUCUCAUGGACCAUCUACUCUACAUUGGACUGUAUUGGAUAGUAAAUGCAUCGAUAAGUUUAACAUCAUCUGAAUUGUCCAAUCCUAUUAAUUCGUACAUGUUUUUUAUAAAUCAAACGGGACCAUGGACAAGUCCGGGUUUGGCCGAGAGCCUCGCUUAUAUCAACGCAAAACAUCCAGAUAAACGUAGUGGUCUACCAGACAUCGAAUUAUUGUUUUCUGGUAUUCAACCAAUAAAUUUUAUUAGUCCAAUUGUUCUAAAUUUGAAAGAUCCUCUAUCUCUCUAUCUCAAAUAUGGUGAAUACCACAGUUGGACUGUUGUGCCAGUAUUGUUAAAACCAAAAAGUCGUGGUAGAAUAACGUUGUUGGCUAAUAACGUCAAUGUGAAACCAAAGAUCGUACCAAAUUAUUUCAAUGAUUCAGACGACGUCAACACAAUGAUCGCCGGAAUUAGAGCUGCGUUAAAAAUUGGUCAAACAAAGGUGAUGCAAGCGUUUAAUUCUCAGUUAUUAAACAUGACUAAUGUGGAAUGCGACAAGCAUGAGUAUGACUCUGAUGCUUAUUGGGAAUGCAUGAUAAGGAUAUCGUCUUCCACAGUGUUUCAUCCUUCCGGCACUUGUAAAAUGGGACCUCGGGGAGACCCAACUGCUGUCGUCGAUCCCAGAUUAAAGGUGAUCGGUAUUGAAGGAUUACGAGUAGUGGAUGCUUCCAUUAUGCCUGAAAUUGUAUCGGCGCACAUAAAUCUACCUGUUUAUAUGAUUGCCGAAAAAGCAGCAGAUAUGAUCAAAGAAGAUAACAAACAAGAAAAAUUGUGACAAAAACAAAGUUAUAUAAAAAUAACCUAAUAAGUAUGUCAUUUUUUAAAGUAAAACACAAUAUGUAUUGUAUUACUUCUUAAUAGCAUUUUAUUUUAUUAUGUGGUAACGAUAAACACGUAAAUUUCGUAUUAUUUGUGAUGUAUUUUUUGAAAAGUAAUUAUAUUUAAAAAUAUCAAA